CUCUCUUCGAUUUCAUGGAAGCACAAUGAUACUCUGCAAAAUGAAAAUUCAAAUAGAGAUUCUUCUACUUCUUCUUCUACUCAUCAUCUUCCCUAGAAUAAUAUCUGCGAAAUCAGUAAUCGAACCUUGUAAUUCCUCAGAUUCUUGUAAUGCUCUUCUCUCUUAUCUCCUUCCUUGGGAUUCCAAGCUCUCUGAGAUUGCCUCAAGGUUCCAAGUGAAUGUAAAUGACAUUCUAGCCUCCAAUUCACUAGACCCAUCAAUUUCUUUCCCAGAAAACCAAAUUCUUCCCUCCGAUUCUCUACUCAAAAUACCAAUUCCAUGCCCAUGUGUGGAUGGAAUUCGAAGAUCUGUUUCAACAAACUACACUGUUCGAGCAGCUGACACUUUAGAUUCUAUAUCAGCUGGGUAUGCUAGGCUUGUUAGUGCAGAGCAGAUCAAGAUUAUUAAUGGAAUUGAUGACAAACAUCAGCUAAUGAAUGGCAUGAGCAUUGUAAUUCCAUUGCCAUGUACAUGCUUCAACAACAGCAGUAAUGGCAUUACUGUUGUCUACAUGUCUUAUGUGGUGCAGGAAGGAGAGAGCUUGAGCAGCAUUGGAGCUACAUAUAGUGCCACUGUUACAGAAUUGGAAGCUGUUAAUGGGCUUUCACAAACAGUAAUUGAUCCCGGAGAUGUACUAGCUGUUCCAAUCCCAGCAUGCUCAUCUGCUAAUCUGGAUUGGUAUAAUGAGAGUUUAAUUGUGCCAAAUGGUUCUUAUGCUCUAACUGCCAACAAUUGCAUCAAGUGUGGAUGUGGAAUGAAUGAUCUAGAUCUCCGAUGUUCUCCAUCCGGUAUCGGAACCUCUUGCUCCCAUCUACAGUGCAAAGCGACCAAUCUCUUCAUUGGUGACAUACAUAUGGACCGAACGCCAGGGGGUUGCAAUGUAACAAAAUGCAUAUAUCGUGGCCAUUUUGGCCGGAAAAUUUUUAGUAGUUUAUCUAACUCUUCUCAGAUUCAAUGCUCAGGUAACCAUAGUGUUCUUACACCACGAGGAAGUCCACCUCCAACAUUGCAUGGUUCAGUGAUUCCAUUAACAAAUGCACCUGUAUCACCACCUUUGGCUUCUAAUUUAUCUGCUCCAACCGUGGUGACUGCCCCAAGUAAAAAAAGUGACAACAAUUCUAGUGAUGGUGGAUCAUUUAGAGAUGCUUCAUGUUUAUUUCUUUCUGGACUUGUCCUUUUGGUUAGUUUUGCUCAUUUACUUUCCAAGUAGUGUUAUGAAUAUACUGAU